GAAGGGGAGGGAAAGAGGAGGGAAUCCAGGGACGGGUUUAGUCAGGGUCGCCGAUGGGCCUGCGGAGGGGCCGGGUCGCUCGGUUCGCAUCCGCCUAGAUCGCCCGAGAGGUCGCGGGGGCCGGCGGUUCCCGCCCGGAGCCGCUGCGGACCUGCUGUCAGGGCGCUUCCGCGGGGUCUUUGUAUCCGCUGUGCAAGCAACCUUUGUGACUUUUCUCCGCAAGGAAGAGAAUUGCUGCUGUUGGGAGUGACCCAGAGUCCGCCCCGCGUCCUCGCUUUUUCGGGGACCUGACUGGCAAAUUUCAUCACUCUCCCAGGAUGGCAGCCAUUGAUCUGACCCACGAUCUUUCUAGAGAUCCUUUUUGUCUUCCUGAGGAAAACACAGAGGCAGAAAGGAUGGUGGCUGUCUGGCUGAAAAAUUAUCAACAGAUUGCAGUGACCUUCCAGGAUGUGGCAGUGGACUUCACCCAGGAGGAGUGGCUAUUACUGGACCUCACUCAGAGAAACCUAUACAGAAACGUGAUGCUGGAGAACUAUCAGAACCUGGUCGCAGUAGAAAUAAAGUUUUGGAUUCAUCGGAAGCUUUGUCAUCUCUUGCAUAAGCCUCUCCUGUUAAUGUGCCUUUUCCUGUGGACAGAAUAUCAACUGUCGAAACCUAAGUUGAUCGCUUGGUUGGAACAACAAGAGCUGAGGACAGUGGAGAAGGGAGUUUUCCAAGAAUGGGAAACACAACCUCAAACAAAAGGGUCAGCAUCUCACCAGGAUUUUUUUGGAGGAAAAACAGCCAUUGAAAUACAAAAAGAAAGGACCUACCAUGGAGCAGAACUCUCUGACUGUGAGCAAGGUGGAAGAGUCUUGAGUAAAUAUUUAAACCUUAAGACCCACAUGAGAACUCAAAAUAGAGGGAACAGUUUUGAGUGUAAUCAGUAUCACAAUGGCCUCCUUAAUCUGCAAAAGAAAAACUCUACUAGAGAGAAACUUUCUGAGUUUAAUCAGUGUGGUAAAGUCUUCAGCCGGACUCCACAUGCAGUGUAUGAGAGAACCAGCGUAGCAGAGAAGACUUUUGAAUGCAGUGACUGUGGGAAAACGUUCAUUAGUCGUUCACACUUUCAGGCACAUAGGAGAACUCACAAUGGAAGAGAUUUCAAUGAAUGGAAGCAAUUUAUAAAAGCUUCAGUUUUCUCAGCAGGUCAAAAUGAGCAUGUGCAGACACACGCUGCUCAAGAACCCCAUGAAUGUAAACAAUGUGGGAAGUCUUAUGCAGAUUCCAAGUGCCUCAAUAAUCAUAUCAUUCGACUUCACACUGGAAGAAAACCCUUUGAAUGUAGUGAAUGUAGGAAAGCCUUCACUACAUCUUCACGCCUUUAUGUGCAUUUGAGGAUUCACACUGGGGAGAAACCCUACCGAUGUAAAGAAUGUGGGAAACACUUCCAGUGGCCCUCACUCCUUCGUAAACAUGUGCGUACUCACAGUGGCGAGAAGCCCUAUAAAUGUAAGGAAUGUGGAAAAGCCGUCAGUCGUUCUUCAGUUCUUAAUGAACAUUUGAGAAUUCACACUGGAGAGAAGCCCUAUAAAUGUAAGGAAUGUGGGAAACACUUUGCUUGGCUGUCAGUCCUUCGUAAACAUGUUCAAACUCACAGUGGUGAGAAGCCCUAUAAAUGUAAGGAAUGUGGGAAGGCCCUCAGUAGUUCCUCAAUUCUUAAUGAACAUUUGAGAAUUCACACGGGAGAGAAGCCCUAUAAGUGUAAGGAGUGUGGGAAAGCCUUCACUAAUUCCUCACGACUUAGUGUACAUUUGAGAAUUCACACCGGAGAGAAACCCUAUCAAUGUAAGGAGUGUGGGAAAGCUUUCGUUUGGCCCUCAGUCCUUAAAAAACAUCUACGAACUCACAGUGGAGGGAAGCCCUUUGAAUGUGGUGAAUGUGAGAAAGCCUUCAGUAAUUCCUCAUAUCUAAAUGAACGUUUGAGACCUCAUAGUGGAGAGAAACCCUUUCAAUGUGGUGAAUGUGGGGAAGCCUUUAGGACUUUCUUAUAUUUUAAUAGCCAUUUGAGAAAUCACUCUCGAGAGUAGCCCUAUGAAUGUUAAGUACUGUGGGAAGGCUUUCACUAGUGCUCUCAUCCUGAUUUGACAUUUAAGCAUUCACACUGGAGAGAAACCCUAUUAAAGUAAGGAGUAUGGGAAAGGCUUCACUUGAUCUUCCAACCUUUAUAAACAUACAAUUCAAAGUAGAGAGCGGUCCUUUGAGUAUACGGAUUGUGGGAAAGCCUUCACUACUUGCACAUUUGAAGUCACACUGGAGAUAAGCCCUAUGAAUGUAAACACCGAGGGAAAGCCUUCACUGUUUCCUUAGGCCAAUCUCAACAUGUAAAAAUUGAUACCAGAGAGCAACCCCUUGAAUGUAAGGAACGUGAGAAAGGCUUCACAUCGUAGUCAUGACUUAACGCCUAAAAAUACACAAUACGUUGAAGACUUAUGUACGUAAUAAGUUUGACAAGGACUGUUAUUCCAGUGCAUUUCAAAAACGAAGCCACGUUGGAGGGAAACCAUAUGAGGAAUGUGGAAAGGUCUACAGGUGUCCCAAUACAUGAAAGAACUCACUAGUUAGAUGCCUGUGAAGUUAAACAAUGUGGGAAAGCAGAGUCUUCUACAAACGGUGCUGGAGGAACACAGUGAAGUUGUUUAAGAGCCAUUUGGGACUCAACUUACAGGCUGGCUUCAUAGAUCUGGUUUGAACAUGUGCCACUCUGCCCUGAACAUUUUUGGGAAUGCUCUGGCUUUCUGCCCAAUAGCAAUGCUAGUCCAGUCUAGUUUCUAUACCUGGUUUGCAGCCUGGCCCCAUGUGGGACUACUACCGUUAGACCUAAUGUUAUACAAACUACCUGGAUCCUGUAGGUAUAUGACCUUGUCUAAUACUGUGAAGAUAGUGAACAUGUGAGUCCGUUCACUGCUCACGGAGUCCAUCUACAAUGCCUCAUGCUGGUGAAGGGGGAGGAUAUAGGUCUCUACAUUUCCUGAAAAUGCUCUUGUUUCUCUCUCACACCUGAUCUUCCUGGGUCAGAAAAGACUUUAUAAACGGUGAGGUUAUACACCCUGAUCUCAUAGCCUUGGAAAGAGAACAACACACCUAGUACUAGGUUAGAAAAUACCUUUAACCUCAGGCAGUACAUGGAGAGGCUAGGAACAGAGAAUAUUCUCUUUGUUCCCAAAUCACCACAGCCUGGAAGAACAAUUAUGUCCUUUGCCUGUGUUCAGAAAGAGCUGCACCUGGCAUGUGACGUGCUGGUUCGUUUACAUCACUUCAGAUGUAUGAGAUGGGAAACCUUGAGAAUAGGACAGGUCCUGAUACUCUGUUAUACUUGAUGUCCCACUGGCAGUUCUUGAAAGUGGCCUUUGGAUAGAGACAGAAUCCAUCAGAACCUUGUUUCAAUUUUGAGUUAACACAUUCAGAUACUUGUAACACUUGAGCAGCCUUUAGUUAGGUCAUGAGUGGCCUUGGAGGCUACAGCAGCUUACUGUCACUUCCCUUCUGGCUUAAUCAAAUCAGUGGAGUACACACCAAAUCAAGUUUAGUGAUAACUCCUGAUCAGACGUGACCUGGAUGGGGCACUGGGUGGCUCAGUCGGUUAAAUGUCCCGACUGUUGAUUUCAGCUCAGGUCUCGAUCUCAGGGUUGUGAGUUCAAACCCUGCAUUGGCCUCCAGGCUGGGCGUGGAGCCUACUUAAAAAAGUGACCUGGGUACAUUCCCGUAUGUUUGUGUUUGAAAGAGAUUGGGAGAUGAGGUGAUUCUCUUGAGUAUGGGUGUAGUCUUAACUGCACUGUGUGUAUGGCAGUAUAUAAUACACUGACAUUGAUUAUCUCAAAACCCACAAGUCCUAAUUCCAGCAAUCUGGUACCCUCAUCAGUAACAUCUGUGUGUGUCAGUAACCAUGCCAGCUGACUUUUGUCUCACUGGGAUUCUCUUUUCAUACUCUUGGAUUGUCUCCUCCUCAAUAAGAAUGUCUUCUACAUGGGGAAAUAUGAAGCAUUUUCCACCUGUGGGUUUCACUGCUCUGUGAUCUCCUUUUCCUAUGGGAGAAGCCUGGCAGUCUAGCUCAGUUCUGCUGGAACCAUUCUAACUGCGGAAGCUCGAUUACCUCAGUGAUGUGCACUGUGGUUACACCCAUACUGAACUCUUCAUCGACAGCCUGGGCAACAAGGAUGUGAUGGGGGUCCUGGGAAGACUUCUCUGCCUAGGAGAGAUGGUCCAUGAUGGGCCACUGGCCUCAGAACCAAGAGGACCUCGUGGACCCCAAAUGCAAAUAUUGUGAAUUUAAGUUUUCUGGUUAUUUUUCUCUUGUGAUAGAUCUGUUUAUUUUCCUCUAUUCCCAAAG